UUUUUGUUUACCUUGCUCAGCUGCUAGCUGAUUGACUGUGUUUUGAGUUGCAACAAUUUUUUAUUUCUCUUUCUCGUUACGGCAGUGAAGUAAUUUGAUUGAGAUUAUCUUGGUACAUCAUCACCAUGCCAAUUACUCCAGUGCAGUUUGAAAGUUCCCGAGACAAGCAUCAAGCAAGGGAGGAUCUUCGAGAAGCCCGGGAUAGAGUCUUGGAAAAGGCAAAAGCUCAGUUUGACAGAAGAACCGCUGAAGAGGAAAGGGCUAGGGAAAGAGGAGAUGACAAGUGGAUGCUGGCAUCUGUGGAAGCCCGGUUGCGAGAGGAGCCAGGGAAAAAGAGCAAGAAAAACAAAAAGGAUAAAAAGCACAAGAAGAAAAAGAAGAAGAGCAAAAGGAAAUCUAGCUCAUCGGAGAGUGAGAGUAGCAGUGACUCUGGUGACGGAUGGGUUGAGAAAGGUGCAAAAAAAGAGAAGAAAAGAGAAACUCCUCAGGAAAACGCGGGAGAGAGCUCAAAAGCGACCCGAGAUGACUGGAUGAUGCUGCCAGAUUUAAUUCCCUGCACCACCAGGGAUGAAAUCAGGCAAAGUAGAAAACCCAAAGAACAGCAGGAGGCGGAAGCAAAUAGGAGAAACAUUCUUGACAAUCCUGGGCAAAAUGAAAGAGAGCUUAAUCCACAUUGGAAAGAUGGAGGAAGUGGAUUGCCUCAAGCAGAGAAAAGUGAGGAGUUGAAGCUGCCAAGCAAAACUGUAGGAGACCAAGGCACAAGCUGGCUUCGCAAAGCUUUACAGCGAAUUUAUGAGCAGGCUGAAGAAACUGGGCAGAGUCCAGAGGAUAUUGCUGCUGAGAGGUGGGGUUCUUUAGAAAAACUUGAGGACAUGAUAGCUGACGCUGAGGGUCGAAAAAGAUCUGAAGUGAGGGCGAGUUUCUCAAGGUAUUCAAGAGGAGGCAGAGGAGGAAAUCGACCCAAGUUUGCUCGCCCGCCUGAUGACUUUGAUGAUCAAAAACCUGGAUCAUCUAGAGACCGAGACCAUCGAGAUUCUAGUCGAAGUGGUUAUCGGAAACCAAGAGAUGACAAAGAUUUCAAAAAUUGCAGGCGAUCAGACAGUUCAAAGGAUGAAAGAUCACCAGAAAGGUCACGAGACAGAAGGUCACCAGACCGAAGAAGGCGGUCGCCAGAGAGGUCGAGGGAGAGAAGGGAUGAACGAAAAUCACCUGGAAGGUUCCAAAGACCAAGAGACGAUGACUAUGAAGGAGAACGGAGGAGACGCCCAGACUUUGAAAAGGCUGAAAAGAUCGAUUUCAAAGGCAAAUUCCAAAAGCCAAAAGAGGACGAUGACGGUUUCAGCUAUUCAAGAUCACAUAAGUCGGCCUCUUCAAGCAGCUCCAGCAGUGGUUGGCGGAAAAAGAGAGAAGAGCCCAGCUUGGAACAGAGAGACAUGAAAGAGGCGAAGGCUAGCUCCAGCAACCAAAGGUUGCCAUCUUCCUCAUCUUCUAGUUCUGAGGAAGAAAUGCCAGAACCAGAACCAGCACCAAGGCUGUUGACUGAGAAAGAAAUGAAUGAGAUUGGGGCGAAGAUAGUAAAGGCUGAAAUUCUAGGAAAUGAAGGUUUAGCAGCUAAACUGAAACUUCAGCUUGAAGAAGCGAGAACAGCUCGCGAAGAAGCCAAGGCUUCAGGUGUCAAUUUAUCCAAACUGUCUGAAAACAAAGAAGAUGUUGUGAUCCUCACUCGAACAGACUCUAAAGGUUUUACCAGACCGGUUGAGGAGCCAAAGUAUCAAGAGCCCAAGGGGGGUAGGAGGAGGAAGCAAAAGGUUCCCACCCACAACAAGCAAGGGGAAAGGGAACGGUACUUUGCCACUGAUGACAAGUACUCUCUCCAGGAUAUUUACACUCGUGAAAAACUCAACACUGUGGAGGACAGCAACAACGAAUUUGCUAGGAUGGUAACAAAGGGAACAAAGCAUGCAGGCAAAGGAGAAUUCGACAUGGACGAGGUGUUUGAAGAAAAGGCCAGGAUGAAGGAGUCUGACGCGAAAACUCAGGCUCGAGAAAGGGACCAAGCGGUGAAAGAGCAUCAAAGGGUAAACAACGCCCUUGACCAUUGCCAGUGGUGUGUGGAUAGCAAGAAAAUGCUAAAACACCUAAUUGUUGCGCUAGGAUCAAAGGUAUAUCUGUGCUUGCCGCCCUAUCAGUCCUUGACAGAGGGUCACUGUCUUCUAGUUCCCACAUCUCAUGCCACUUGUGGAACAAUGCUAGAUGAGGAUGUUUGGGAAGAAAUGCAGAAUUUCAGAAAGAUCUUGACAAAAAUGUUUCUGUCGAAAGACGAGGAUGUUAUUUUCUUUGAGAACGCAAGAAAUAUCAGAGGGUUUCCACACAUGGUUAUGGAGUGUGUUCCUGUGGACAGGGACUCAGGUGCAAUGGCUCCGAUUUAUUUCAAGAAAGCCAUUCAAGAAUGCGAAAUGGAAUGGGCAACGAAUGUGAAGCUGGUGAAUCUCGCUCCAAAAGGCCUUCGGCGCUCCAUUCCUAAGGGAUUGCCAUAUUUUGCAGUCAACUUUGGGGACGAUGACGGUUUUGGUCACGUUGUGGAAGAUGAGAACACAUUUCCUCCUAAUUUUGCCCAGGAAAUCAUCGGAGGAAUGCUUGACCUGGACCAUCAAUUGUGGAGGAAACGGCGCAAUGAAAACUUUGAGGCGCAAAGGAGUAAAGUUUUAGCUUUCGCUAAAGAUUGGGCUCCAUAUGAUUUUACCAGAAAAAGAAAACGAGAACCUUCCUCAAGCUCAGAUUCUGAUUAACCAGCAUAUUAUCUUUUCUGAAUAAAUAUUGUUACAGUUUUAAAGAUCUCAAAACUGUUUUGAUGGAA